CUUAGCUUGCAGUGACUUAAAUCUAAGUUUGGAGAGGACUCUCAAUUUCUGACGCCAUUAAAUAGACGAAGUGAUCAUUUGUGGGAAAUGAUUCUUCCCCUCCCCCUCCUUUCAGUCUUUAUUGUGCGGUGAGGAGUUUCCCAACAAACACAGAACGUUGCCUCAACGUAGCCAACCUUUUAGCAACGUUGUAACUACAUUGUGUCGUUAAGGUUGUUACUGUGUUGUCACAAUGUUGCCAUUCAACCACGGUUCUGGACCAUUGCUGAAGGUUGUGCUUAGGCUGUCUGGACAACCACUGUAAGACAUGUACUCGUCACUGUUCCGAAGGGUCGCCGUGAUUUUGCCAAGUAAGACAUGUUCCUGGAUCAACAUCUUUUGUUGAUCCUGGAUCAACAUUAUUGUCCAAAAAUAUAGACUUAACCCAAUCUCUACCCCUAAACCUAACCCUACCCAUAAUUUAUUCCUAAAAUCAGUGAGAAAUGAUAGCUGAUUAACAAGGGUGUCGAAGCACCUAACCCUGAUCAUAAGCCUAAAACUUACAUUUCCUAAAAAGUUAUCCCUCAAUUCUGAUUGGUUGAUUGGAAUGACGUUCCAGGAUCUACAAAGAUGUUGAUCCAGGAACAUGUUGUACUUGGUGAAAUCACGCUCACCGUUCAGAAGUGCAUUUUAAAUUUUAACAGACCGUUGGGCCGUUAUUCUUCUUCAAGCCAGGAUACAAUGUUUUCAGUUGUGGAAUUCACCUCAGAUCACAGUGUAGCUGUAAUUCCUGAUGCAUGGAAAGAAAAAUUAGACCAGGACAUCUAUUGCUACUGGCCACCCAACAAUGUCCAAAGUCUAUUAAAAAAAAGGACUUUGCCUGAUAAAAUAAAGUGGAACAGACUACAAGUCCACAGAGUUUUUAAAUCCUCAGUUGACUACAUGACAGCCCAUAAGCUCAUGAGAAAAGCUCAAAUCACCUCGUGUCCUGAACUCUCAGACUCCUCCAUCACUGAGAAAAGGCUAACCAGGCUGAAGAGACCACCUUUACGCCUUUUAGAGUCAGAUAGUGAUAUCACAGAUAUUGAAGACAGUAAUAUCAACACCAGGCCACCAGCAAAAAUACCAACCCUUCCCUCUCCACCGAGAACAAUGGAACCAAGAAGGAACUCAUCCGAAACACCUGAGCCAUCACAGACAUGUGGAGGUCUUGACAGCUUGCCAAGAGCUGGAUUUUGUGGGGGCUACAGAGCAACUAUCAAUGCCGAUAGCACCCAUUCAAUGAGGCCACAACAUUUAGAUUUCUGCAAUACACCAAACUGGGAUGUCCAAAGUGAAGGACAUAGGGUUAUGGCACAUCAAUUUGAAGGCAAGAUACAUACAACUUUUUCUGGAAAAUGUCAUAGCCUACAGUCUCUUGCUCGAGACUAAUAAAAACGGAAGAGACACUGUAUCUCAAGUGAUUUCCAUGAGCGUGAUUCAAGACGGAGUGAACACAGACAAAGCACCAAGAAUGCAAGAAUGGAGUCAUUAACAUAAUUCAAAUGUGGAUCAACACCAACAUAGUAUGUUACUUAUCUUUGAUGCAAAAUUUGAUCAUGAUAGAGCACUAGUGGCUUUGAGUCUAUUUUGAAAACCUCAAAAUUUAUGAAGUGCUAUUGUGAAGUUUUGCAUACAAAUUUUACU